GAAGCUAAGACGCCGUUACACGCAGGUGUCACUGACCGCACGCUGCUCAUGAAAUUAUUUGGACUAAGAUUGUAUUUUAUGACCUAUGAACUACAACCUUCCUCCUACCCCAUUAGGAGUCGCCAGGCGCUCACUUAGCGAACCAAAAGCGAUAGCUGUUUAGCUAACGAGCUGCUCGCGCUGUUCGGUGACGCCAUACUGACAGCUGGAGGCUGGUUCGGCUGCCCUUCGGGUCCGUGUCAUUACCAUGGCGUUUCGGAUGUCAUUUGCCUGCCGCGCUAAAAGCCGUAUUGCACUGGCUACGCUCCCUUACACCCAGGGUUUGAGCUGUGCUUCUCUGCAUGCUCCCGGCUUUAAAUCUGUAAUCUUUACACCAAAUGUACCGUUGCAGCGUUUCGUCAGUAAGCUAGACUGCUUGGCAUUCCCCGGACUCCGUAACCAGCGAAUUGCGCUGUACUCCGGGUUCAUAAAUCCCGGGAAAGCUGCUAAAUUUUCCACUAGUUCCGCGGCUUCGUCAACGGUUUUUCAGCCGAUCAGCGGCAAUCCAUCUUUGAGCAACAGGCGAACGCUGUUGUCCAGACCGGGUGUGUGGGCUCUGCUGGGCGCCUUUGGGCUGUCCGCCGUCACUGCCUCCCUGCAUUCGAGUUCCCUCCUCGCCAUGACCUCCGGGGCCAGCACCGUUGACUUGGAUUCCCCUGACUCCGACUGGAAAGAGGCCAAAAAGGUGCUCCUUUCAGCAACACAGCAGCAGAGGCAGGCAAUGUGCAGGGUGUCAGGUGUGCUGCACCCGAAGAGCAUCCCUAUCUGGACCCCUUCUGGACAAGUUACUGAAAAACCUCUGUACCAGGUUAAUGAGGCACUGAACUCCAAGGUCUCACUCUUCAGAGGUGACAUCACCCGGCUGGAAGUUGACGCCAUUGUUAACGCAGCUAACAAGACCUUGCUAGGAGGAGGAGGAGUGGACGGGUCCAUCCACCGUGGGGCAGGGCCCCUCUUGAAGAAGGAGUGUGCCACCCUGGGGGGGUGUGAGACUGGCCUGGCCAAAAUCACAGGAGCGUAUGGACUGCCCGCCAAGCAUGUGAUCCACACCGUGGGGCCCAUCGCCCAGGGCACGGUCAGCCAGCGUGAGAGAGACGCCCUGCGUUCCUGCUACCGCAACUGCCUGGAAGUGGGCACGCAGAAUCAGCUGCGGACAGUGGCUUUCCCGUGCAUUUCCACGGGGGUGUACGGGUACCCCCCAGGCGAAGCUGUGGACGUGGCCCUGGGUGUGGUCCGGGAGUACCUGCAGGAGAAGCACGCACAGCUGGAUCGCGUCAUCUUCUGCGUGUUCCUGAAGUCCGACGAAGAGCUGUACCGGGCCAGGCUGCCGCUAUACUUCCCUCGCGCCUUCUGACCAAUCAGAGAGCCCGAUUCAGUGACAGGCCCUCAGAUGAAGAGUAAGCUGUGAAGGUUUGCCAUGAGGAGGGAAAGAUCCACUGCUUGGCUGGCUGCCGCAAACUCCCCGCUCCUCCUCGCCCCCUCCGGCCCGCCCCCCAUCCAAAUCCAAAUGCCGAUCACAUUCUCAGCGAGAUCCACCAGCGUGCAGAGCUCUAUUCGCCCAUUAAACCUUUCUUUUCACCGUCCUAUCGCCACACAGCGCACCAAAGGAGAAUCAUAGUGGUCACAAGGGGGCGUGGUGGCGCAGGAACACGGUGGUUUCUUUGCUCCAGCGUUUCCGCGGUAGAUGGAAAAUGGCCGACGGCAGCUCUGGUGCCAGAAGGAACCGACAGAAGUAAAAUGGGAAAGUGGGAUAAAUUGGGUAGCAAGAGCACAUGGUGGGAUCUAUACCAUCUCCAGCUGUGCUGAGCUGUGUGUUUAUGUCCGCAUGUCACCCUGGGUGAGGAGCUCGGCUAAAAAACGGAACAGUAAUAAAGCGCAAUUCACAUCUCCUCCCAGCUCUGCAAAGCGGUGCUGCUUUAAGGCCACAUGGGCCCAGAGGCUCAUUAUAAAAUAUCAUCAUUCAGUAAUAUAUUUUAAUUGUGUUAAGGAUACCAUUGUGAUCUUUGGAGUUGAUAGAGACGAGUGAGAAAGGGAGGCGUGUGCAUGUGUGUGUGCGCAUGUGAGCGUAUGUGAGCGCGUGUGUUAUGUAAACGUUACAUUGUGGGGAACAAAUAUCCCCACAAUGGAGCAAAAACCUGCUAAAAUAUCUCCACGAGGGGAAACUCAAUUUUAUAACAAUCUGUGACUGCAAUCAAAAAAACUAAAAAUGUCAGAAAUCUUGUAUUAUGUUUGGUUAGCUAUGGUUAAGAUUAGGGCUGGGUAGGAGUUAAGGUCGUUAAGGUUUUUCCCAUAGGAAUUAAAGCAGAGUCCCCACAAUGAUAGGAAUACAAAUGUGUGUGUGUGUGUGUGUGUGUGUGUGUGUGUGUGUGUGUGUGUGUGUGUGUGUGUGUGUGUGUGUGUGUGUGUGUGUUUGCACGCUUGUGUCUUGGACUGUUCAUUUUAAUGGUUCCUUCACUCCCCCACAAAUCUGCUUUCUCUUUUUAACCUUGAAUGAAAUAAGUCCCCCAGUAACCCUGUAGUUCAUGAGACAAACCCGGGGAGCCUCUUCAUGCUUAUCGCUGACCCCCUAACCCCCCCCCCCCCCCCCCCCCAGAUAGAUCAUACAUACAUUCAUGCUGACAUACAAGUUUUAUUAGUUGCAAAGAGGAAUUCUGACACCUCACAUACUCACUCCACAUCUCAUCUCUGUUUUUGUCUUGGUAAAUUUAACAUUUGUUAUUGGCAGGAAAACUGUGGGUAAAUGCAGCUGUGACAUGUAUUUAUAUGCAUGCGAUUCUCACACUGAGACAGAGUAACGCGGCCCUGACAUUAUACACUGAUUACGGAAGGAAAUGAGGUGACCAGUUUAAUGAUAAUUGAAUAACUCAGCCGCUAAUAAAUCUGUGUAUAAUGCAGUCA